AUGGUUGUCAAGCAUAUUGUUCUUUUCAAGUUCCGUGAUCAUACAUCUCAAGCAAUCCUCACCAAGCUCGACUCUAGUCUGAAAGGGUUGACCUGUAUCCCUGGUGUGUUGGAUGUCUCGUUUGGCAAGACCUUUACCACUGAGCGUGCUCAAGGAUUCAAUCAUGUCCUGAUUGCUACGCUCAAAGACCGAGCUGCUCUGGCUACCUAUUCUACCAACCCACAGCAUGUUGAUGUUGUCAAGGCUGACAUCCUACCCAAUGUUGAGCAGAAUGGUGUCUUGGCAAUGGAUAUUGAUGUUCCUGAAAUCAACUGA